AUGUUGGCUAACCUGUUUGUUUUCGAGAAUUGUUCUAGAUCUUUUGGAACUAUACUCUUUUUAAAAUACGAUAUAAUUAAACGUGGAAAAUUAACUCUCAAAGGAGUCAAAGAGAGCCGAAAAAGAAAGCAUAAAUCACAUAAAAAAAAAUCCAGCACUGUCGCUGUUGAAAAAGAUGAAGAUGCUAUUAAACAUGGAGGGUGGUGGUCAGUUAAAAAAUUAGAAGAUAUAACUGGACCCGUGUGUAUUGAAUUCUCAGAUCAGACAUAUGUAAAAGCAUUAGACAAUGGUCUUUUCACUCUUGGUGCACCACAUAAUGAGGGUGAAGGACCAGCUCCAGAAGAAAUUUUAACUGCAUUUAUUAUCAACGAAAGAAAAGUUUCAUUCAAAUCGGGAUAUGGAAAAUACAUAAGUGUAGAUAAAAAUGAUUUAGUAAUCGGCAGAUCAGAUGCUGUCGGUCUUUUAGAACAAUGGGAACCUGUUUUUCAGGAUGGAAAACUUGCUCUUUUAGCCAGUAACGAUUGUUUUAUGUCAGCCGAUAUUAGUGAUGAUAGUAUAGUUGCAAAAAAUAAAAAAGCUGGUGAAAGUGAAUUUUUAAAAAUAAGGACUUCUCUCAUAACUGAAAAAGAUCCCGAUGCAGAUGUUCCAGUCGAAGAAAGAGGAAAUUUAACACAAGUAGAAGAAAAUUUUGUAAGAAAAUUUCAAAAAUUUCAGGAUAAAAAAUUAAAAAUAUGUAAAGAAGAUAAAAAUGCACUCAAAAAAGCAAAAGACGAUGGUAAUUUUCAUGAAGCUCUUUUGGAUAGACGAAUGAAUAAUUUAAUUAUAUUAAAUCAAUCAAUCAAUCAGAAUUAUUUAUAA